AUGGGCUUGAUCAUAUUCAUUGUUUUAGCAUCGGCCGCGGCCGUCGGUUGGCUCAUCUAUACCUACUUUCUCUCUCCCUUGGCCUCCAUUCCUAAUGCAGGAGUUCUGGCUCCCGUCUCUCGUUUACUCUGGGAGUUUCCCACCGAGUAUCAAGGCAAAAUCACGCUCGAGCUACCCAAACUUCAUCAGAAGCUUGGUCCCCUCGUCCGGAUCGGGCCCAACCAGAUCUCCUUCUACUCACUCGACAUCUAUAAAACAGUGCAUGCACCGAAUAGCCCGUUCGUCAAAGACCCUCGCGUGUAUAACCAAUUCGUCCAGGAUGGCCACCCUGCGCUGUUCUCAAUCACUGACACAAAGGAGCAUGCCCAGCGUCGACGUCACAUGGGUAUCCUGUUCAACCGCAGCAAGGUUCCCGCGUUGACAGAGAUGAUGCUCGAGCAGAUCGAUAAGUGGGUCAAGUGUUUGGGUGCUGCUAAGGGGAAAGGGCCUAUUGAUCUUGGACCGUCUUGUCGCGCCUUGGAGUCAGAUAUUGUUUCAACAUUUGCGUUUGGUAAUGCCAUAGGGGGAAUCGACGCUCUUCAGAACGGAGAUGAGCUUGCGGUCAUCAAGGAGAAUGAUCUCAAAUCCUCGAAGAUGCCAGUGUAUGUUAACUUUCCGCUUGCUGUUGAUCUAUGGCACUCGGUCGCAACCUGGAUAUACCGACUCUCCGGCUGGGAGGUAUCCUCGGUGACUAGCUCGCAGCGCUUCGACAAGUGGGCCGAUUCCCAACUCAUCGCAACAAAAGACAGUGAAAAGGCACCCCGCCUCUCCUUCCUCAAAGUCAUGGCGGGGCCAAGAGUGUCCGAGCAGUCGGCACUCUCGGAAGCCAAGGAAAUGCUGGGUCCCGGCACCGACACAACCUCGGCCACCCUGGCGCACAUCAUCUACGCCCUGUCGUUUAACCAAUCCUUCCAAGUCGAGCUGGUCGCCGAGCUCGACGCUUCCGGAUGGCCCACCGAUAUGUCCGCACUUGAAGCCAUUCCCCGUCUUGUCGCCUCCGUUAAAGAGGGGAUAAGGUGGACCGGGGCUGCCGCCGCAAUGCUUCCGCGCAUCAUCCCGCGCGGUGGAUAUUCACUGGCGGGCAAGCAUCUUCCGGGAGGGACCAUGAUCUCCAGUUCCCCGAUCUGGUACCUGCGCGAUGAGAAUGCAUUUCCGGACCCCGAGUGCUACAGACCCGGUCGGUGGCUGGUUCAGGACAAGAACGAGGUGACGUCGCGGCGGGAUGACUACUACAUCCCGUUCUCCAAGGGUGCUUCUACAUGUAUCGGCAAUCACUUUGCAUAUCUGGAGCUAUUCCUGUCGCUCUCGCAGAUGCUAAAGCGAUAUUCCAUUCACCCGAUCAACACAUCAUGUGUUGAUACCCCAGACCACGAAGCUGUCCUCCCACCACGACGGGAGUGGGUCGCUGCUGUGCCGAUCGACCAGCUAGAAGUAGUUCUGCAGGAACGGUCAUAA